ACAUUAGGUGCUAUAUUUAUAGCAGUUAUUUCGGCCUGAGCAGUCGUGAAGUACGACCCUAGCAAAAUGGAAUGGUGCAGCCUUCUUUGAUCCAUCAGUGUAGAUGGUCGGCGUUUUACUUGUGCUAAAGUUGCUCUGGGGUAUCGUCUCAAUGCCAAAGUGUGGCCUGUUUAAGAAAGUAUUUGUGAUGAAGUCUGUGCGAGACUCAAGGAGGGGUUCUUUAGGAACAGCCUCACCACAUAGUUCGCUCUGGACUAUUAUCAUUAGUUUAAAAGUAAAAUAAAUCCCCACAUCUUCCAGGAUUUCUAAUGAAGAGGGUAAUUACCGUUAUUUUUAAGUAAAAUUAAUCUUGCAGUGUCUGGAAAUCCUUCAUAAAUGUUUAGAAUUCCCUCUAACAUGAUUUCUAUGUAAAAUAAAUUCCACAACAUUCUGGAAAUCUACUGGAUAAGUUCAGAAAACCUAGAAAAUCCGAGAUAAUAUACUAAAAAUCUAAGAAACGCUCGAGAACCCUACACCAUUACAUGUAUUUGUCUGUUGAAAAGGAAGAAUUACUAUUUCUAUGUAAAAUUAAUCUAGAAACCUGAAACAACCCAAAUAACAUCACUUUUUGGUAAAAUAAAUUCCAUAACUUUCUGGAAAUCUACUGGAUAAGUUGGGAAUACCUAGAAAAUCCGAGAUAAUAUGCUAAAAAUCUAAGAAACGCUUGAGAAACCUACACCAUUACAUGUAUUUGUCUGUUGAAAAGGAAGAAUUACUAUUUUUAUGUAAAAUUAAUCUAGAAACCUAAAACAACCCAAAUUACAUCACUUUUUGGUAGAAUAAAUUCAACAAAUUUCUAGAAAUCCAUAAGUUCAUAAAUCUUAAAUAAUCCAUGCAAUGGUGGAGGAUUUUCAAACGUUUCUUAGUAUUUUAGUGUAUUAUUUAGUAUUCUCCAGGUUUAUAGAUAAAAACAAACAUCGCUGCUUCUCUAUCUUCUACUACAGCUCUAGCUAUUUUCGGUUCAACGUUCUACCACGAUCUCUGAAAUGCAGAGCCUUCACGCAGAGCUUGUACCUGUACUUUAUUUAAUUAUCUCGUCCUGGUCAGAUUUAUUUUGUGUGUGGUCAGCUUUAUUUUCUAUGUGAUCUUAAUUUCAUCGUCUCGGCCUCGAGCGACUUUCGCUUUAUUGUAGCAACCUCAAACUGGGCAUCAUAUUGUUAUGACAAGAAAAAGCUGAAUUCUAUCUAGAACGAAUAAGGAGAGAAUUAAAAUCGUUUGGAAACCAUGAUCAGAAACUUUUAGGUCUACCUCCAGUUACCAAUACAUCUACCAUAGAAAGUAACAUCUACCCCUGAAGCUCCUAAAAUUAUCUUGCCAACCAUCAUAGUAGUUUGUUAUUACUUAAUCUAAAUAGCCUCUAUCCAAAUCUUACAUUGAAACAGUGCUUACUAAUUGUAAGCUGAAAAGUAGACGAUCAAGUGAUAACUUGCACCUCCCAGAAAGGUUACCUAUUUCCGCAGCUGUUUUCAGCGUCUUAGAAUAGAAUAGAAUUUGCCAUAUUAGCAUUAGAAAUCUUAGGAUCUCUUCUAGAAGAAAUCAAAACCAUUAUAAACUGUAAUAAAAAAAGAACUUUUCAAACCCCUGAUAAUGUACAAAUUAUCCCAGUGGCCACAAUGCUUGAAAACAUUUUACAAUAAUUAUAUCUUCUAAAAAUACAAAUUAUUUUUUAAUUAAAUAUAUUUCUAUGCUAACAAUUAAUGUUAAUCAAUAACACGAUCCGAAACACUCUGAAACAAUGUUCUUAUUGAUUAAGAUAAUAAAACAUCUUAUAAUUUUUAGAUAAAACAUUAAACGAUUGAUAUAGAUAAAGAUAAAACUAAAUAAGUAUCAAAAAUAUUCAACGACUUUGUUUUUUGGUAUUGAAACAUCUCAGAAUACGAAUUUUGAGUCUUUUGAGAAAUGUUAAAAUUAUUCCUUUUAAUAUUUCUGGUUACUCAAGUUAUCACAGCCAACAUCAAUAAAGAUGAGAUUAGAAACAGAAUCUUUUCUGGAAUUCACCAUUAUGCAAAAACGGGGGAAAAAUCUUUAGAUUUCUCCGACUUUCUAAAUUCUUACUCGUUUAAACACGCGUUUCGGCAACGACCAAAACAUUUCGUAAACUACGAGUCUUUAUGCGACCUUUGCGUUCCAAUUGUUGAUGCAGCCAUCGAAGAAAGAAGAAAUGGUUUGGAUGCGGAAGAUUUAGUGACAAUGAUUGUUGAUUUAUGUGUUUCAAUGAACAUUGAAUCAAAGGAAGUUUGUGAAGGAGCCAUAAAAGCAAAUGCAGAUCCGGUUAUUUUUAUCGUUGAUAAUAAACCAGAUUUGAGUGGAAGUCGGGUUUGUGGCACUGUUUUGCAAGGAUCUGGAUGUAAAUCGGAUUCAAUCCCUGAGUGGGAUAUUAAAAUUCCUGAAGGGACGACAAUCGACGUUGAGAAAGGUUUACAAUCGGAUUCUAAGCCAUUAAAAGUUUUGCAAAUAACCGAUAUUCAUUAUGACCCAAAUUAUUUACCUGGAUCUCCCGCUAAUUGCCAAGAACCACUUUGUUGUCAAUCUGAUAAGGGAUUGGCUGAGAAUGAGGAUGAUGCAGCUGGUUAUUGGGGUGAUUAUAGGGAUUGUGAUUCACCAAGGCAUGUUGUUAUCGAUGCUUAUGAACAUAUCAAUCGGGUUCAUGAUGAUAUAGAUUAUAUCUAUUUUACCGGGGAUAUUAUAAGACAUAAAGUUUGGAAUACAUCGGUUGAAAGUAAUUUGAAAGAGAUCCAAACUAUGUUUGAUGAUUUUGAAGCGCAUUUUCCAAAUAUCCCAAUUUUUUCAAUUUUUGGUAAUCACGAACCUCAUCCAGUUAAUGUUUAUGCUCCAUCGGUUAUAACUGAUUCGUUGGUUUCAACACAAUGGUUAUAUAAUCAAGCAGCGAAUCUUUGGGGGAAAUAUUUGCCUGAAGAAGCUCAAGAAACGAUUAAAAAAGGGGGUUAUUACACAACCUUAAUAAAACCCGGUUUGAGAAUAAUUGGAAUUAAUAGUAAUAUUUAUUACAUCCAAAAUUGGUGGUUAUUAUAUGAUAACACCCAACAAAUCGAACAGUUACAAUGGUUAUCUGAUACUUUGUAUGAGGCGGAGAAAAAUAAUGAAUUCGUUCAUAUUUUGUCUCAUCUUCCAUCGGGAGGUGGAAGCGCAAUUCUUUCUUAUAGCAAAGCGUACCGGAGGAUUUUAGAAAGAUUUUCAAACACAAUAACAGCAAUUUUCCAAGGACACACUCAUCACGAUCAAUGGGUUAUUUUCCAUCAUAUCGAAGAUAAUUCCCCCAUUGGUAUCGUUUGGGAUGGGGGAAGUUUAACCACAGCAUCAAAUUUAAAUUAUAACUACAAAAUUUAUGAUGUUGACCAAGAAAAUUUUGAAGUUUUAGAUUUUGAGUCAUGGACUUUUAAUUUAACAGAAGCUAAUUUAACACCGAAUCUUUCCCCGAAUUGGUUUAAACAGUACUCAUUUAAAGAAGCUUUUGGUCUUGAUAACGCUUCCCCGAAAAGUGUUAAAAAUUUGAUGUAUAAAAUGGCUCAAAAUCAUGAUUUAUUACAAAUUGAGUAUAGACACCGAUAUAGAGAAGCCGAUUCUAGAGGGGCUUGUGAUGAAAAUUGCAUGAAAAAUAAUCUUUGCGAUAUGACUAAAAACGAAUACGGGGAUGAUUAUGCUUGUCAAGAAUUAUUAUCGACGUGGGUUAAUUAAUUAAUCCAAAAUUUAUUAAAUAAAAUUGUUUUUCUUGA